AUGACUCUUUCGAUAUCUUCCCUAGUGUCUAGGUCUUUCUUGAUUCUGUUCUUGUUGGCAUGGAUAGCAAAAGGCCAAGACCUUGAUCUCUUUCGUCAAACAAAUGGUGUUGGCCAACCCAUGGUUUUCGAUGUGAUGCGUUAUGGAGCUGUUGCAGACGGAAGAACAGAUAACAGUGAGAAAUUUUUGAAAGCAUGGAGUGAAGCAUGUAAUUCCGAUGGAAGAGCAACGGUUAUGAUUCCUGCCGGAACAUUCAAGUUAUUCCCAGUUGUAUUCUCAGGUCCAUGCAAGGGUCCUAUCGACUUUAUAAUUAAGGGAACUUUGAUGGCUUCUACUGGUUCAUCAGCAUUGAGUUCUGAAAGUUGGAUAAACUUUCGGAACGUCGAACAACUGACAGUAGCCGGUGGAGGUACCCUGGACGGCCAAGGAGCCUCAGUCUGGCGUCUUAACGAUUGCACAACUAAUCCGGGAUGCAAAUCUCUCCCAACUUCGAUGACAUUCGAUUCGGUCACAAAUGCAAGCGUUCAUGACUUGGUAUCACUCAACAGCAAAAAUACUCAUAUCAAGGUUCAUGGAUCCCAAAGGAUACGUUUCAGAAACAUUAGAAUAUCAGCUCCAGAGGACAGUCCAAACACCGAUGGCAUUAAAAUCGGUAACUCAUACCGCAUUGGAAUCAGUCGCUCGAUCAUUCAGACCGGCGAUGACUGUGUAGCAAUUUUGUCAGGAAGUCGACAAAUUCACGUUACUAAUGUCUUUUGCGGUCCUGGACAUGGAAUCAGCAUAGGGAGUCUUGGAGGGCAUGCUUAUCCAGAAUAUGAUGUGGAAGGAAUUUAUGUGAGAAAUAGCGUUUUCAAAGGGUCUGAUAAUGGUGUUAGAAUCAAAACAUAUUCUAGAGAUUCAAAACCCUUGACGGCUUCAAAUAUUGUGUAUGAAGAUAUUCAUAUGAUUGAUGUCAAGAAUCCCAUUAUCAUCGAUCAACAAUAUUGUCCAAGCAGUCAAUGCAAUAAAGAGGGUUCUUCAUCAAAUGUGCAAAUCAGCGAUGUUACAUUCAGAAAUAUAUGGGGAACCUCGUCUACCAAAGAAGCAGUUACUUUGAAAUGCAGCAAAACUAAGCCAUGCAAGAAUAUAAAGAUGGAGAAUAUCAAGUUACCUUAUAAUGGUCCCAAAGGACCUGCAACUACCGUGCUGAGGACUUUCUUGUUUUUGUUCUUGUUGGCAUGGAUCACAAAAGGCGAUGAUCUUAAUCCCCUUCGUGUAUCAGAACGUGAUGGUCGACCCAUGGUUUUCAAUGUGAUGCGUUAUGGAGCUGUUGCAGACGGAAGAACUGAUAACAGCCAGGCGUUUUUGAAAGCAUGGAGUGAAGCCUGUAACUGGGAUGGAAGAGCAAGGGUUGUGAUUCCUUCCAAAACAUUCAAGUUAUUCCCGGUUCUUUUCUCUGGUCCAUGCAAGGGUCGCAUUGCCUUUAUAAUCAAGGGAACUUUGCUGGCUUCUAAUAGUCCAUCAGCAGUGAGUUCUGAAAACUGGAUAAACUUUGAGAACGUCGACCAACUGACGGUGGCCGGAGGCGGUACGCUAGACGCUCAAGGACCCUCUGUUUGGUCUCUUAACGAUUGCAAUACUAAUCCAGGAUGCAAAGCUCUCCCAAUUUCUAUGACUUUCAACUUCGUCUCAAAUGCAAGCGUACAUCACUUGAGAUCAUUCAACAGUCAAAAUGGUCAUUUCAAGGUUCAUGGAUGCCAGAAGAUAGACUUCCGGAAUAUAAGAAUAUCGGCUCCGGAGGACAGUCCAAACACCGAUGGCAUAAAAAUCGGAAACUCAUACCGCGUUAGAAUCAGACACACGAUCAUUCAGACCGGUGAUGAUUGUAUAGCAAUCGUGUCUGGAAGUCGGAAAAUCCACAUUUCUAAUGUAUUUUGCGGUCCUGGACAUGGAAUCAGCAUCGGAAGUCUUGGAGGGCAUGCUUAUACAGAAUAUGACGUGGAGGGAAUUUUUGUGAAAAAUAGUGUUUUCAAAAAGACUGCUAAUGGUUUGAGAAUCAAAACAUAUGCUAGGGAUUCAAAACCCUUGAAGGCUUCAAAUAUUGUCUUUGAAGAUAUUAACAUGAUUGAUGUCAUGUAUCCCAUUAUCAUAGAUCAACAAUAUUGUCCACACAAUCAAUGCGAUCUACAGGAUUCUUCAUCAAACGUGCAAGUCAGCGAUGUUACAUUCAGAAACAUAUGGGGAACCUCGUCUUCCAAAGAAGCAGUGACUCUGAAAUGUAGCAAAAGCAAGCCAUGCAAGAAUAUAGUGAUGGAGAAUAUCAAGUUACCUCAUAAUGGUCCAAAAGGACCUGCCACUUCCGUCUGCAGUAAUGUCAUCGGCAACUCUUAUGGCUCACACAUCCCUCCUUCUUGCAUAUAA